UGCCUUGCCUUCAGUGAGAAAGAGCAGCGGAUUAGAAACAAAGGAAACGCGCACUCGUUUUUGUGAACUGGAAUGAGUUUACAGUAUUACAGGGAUGCCCAAGGAAAAAUAUGAUCCGCCUGACCCAAGGAGGAUGUACUCAAUAAUGUCCAGUGAGGAGGUGGCCAAUGGGAAGAAGUCAUAUUGGGCAGAGCUGGAGAUUGUUGGAAAAGUGAGGAGUUUGAGUUCAACAUUAUGGUCCCUUACCCAUCUCACUGCUCUUCAUAUCAGUGAUAACUCACUUUCGCGAAUCCCGCCCGACAUUGCCAAACUACACAACUUGGUGUACCUGGACCUCUCAUCCAAUAAGAUCAGGAGCCUGCCCGCUGAGCUAGGCAAUGUGGUAUCUCUCAGGGAACUGCUUUUAAAUAACAACCAGUUACGAGUUCUGCCUUUUGAGCUUGGAAAACUCUUUCAGUUACAAACGUUGGGUUUGAAAGGGAACCCACUUGGACAAGAAAUCUUGAACCUCUACCAAGAGCCUGAUGGGACACGUCGGCUCCUCAACUACCUGCUGGACAAUCUCGCAGGCACCAAACGUGUAUCUAUAGAUCAGCCACCACCUCGCUCAUGGAUACCACUGCAGGAGCCUGACAGAACACGGCCAGCAGCACUUUUCUCUGUAAUGUGCUACAACGUGCUUUGUGAUAAGUACGCCACACGUCAGCUCUACGGCUACUGUCCCUCCUGGGCCCUCAACUGGGACUACAGGAAGAAGUCCAUUAUGCAGGAGAUCCUCAGCUGCAGUGCGGACAUCAUCAGCCUACAGGAAGUGGAGACGGAGCAGUACUACCACUAUUUCCUGGUGGAGCUGAAGGAACAUGGUUAUGAAGGAUUCUUCAGCCCGAAGUCCCGAGCCAGGACUAUGUCAGAAUCUGACCGCAAACAUGUGGACGGCUGCGCCAUCUUCUAUAAAACAGAGAAGUUCAGUCUGGUGCAGAAACACACAGUGGAGUUCAACCAGCUGGCUAUGGCAAAUUCAGAAGGUUCAGAGGCCAUGUUGAACAGGGUGAUGACCAAGGACAACAUCGGAGUGGCUGUACUACUAGAGCUGCGGAAAGAGAUGAUGGAGCAUUCUGCUGGAAAGCCUCUGCAUGGCAUGGAGAAACAGCUCCUUCUUGUGGCCAAUGCUCAUAUGCACUGGGACCCCGAGUACUCUGAUGUGAAGCUUGUCCAGACCAUGAUGUUUCUGUCUGAAGUGAAGAACAUUGUGGACAAAGCCACUCGCAGUCUCAAGCUCUCCUCUGUCUCAGGAGAAACCAAUGCUAUCCCUCUGGUCCUGUGUGCUGACCUCAACUCUCUACCUGACUCGGGUGUGGUGGAGUACCUGAGCACAGGUGGUGUGGACAGCACCCACAAGGACUUCAAAGAGCUGAGAUAUAUUGACAGCUUGACCAACUUUAACUGCAACGGCAAGAACGGCACCUCCAGCACCAGGAUCACGCACGGCUUCAAGCUGAAGAGUGCCUAUGAGAACGGCCUGAUGCCUUUCACCAACUACACCUUUGACUUUAAGGGCAUCAUUGACUACAUCUUCUACUCUCAACCUUUGCUUAAUGUGCUGGGCAUACUGGGUCCCUUGGACCUCCACUGGCUCCAUGAGAACAGUAUCACUGGCUGCCCCCAUCCCCACAUCCCCUCUGAUCACUUCUCCCUGUUUGCACAACUGGAGCUGCUCCUGCCCUAUCCGCCUGCUGUCAACGGCAUUCAUCUGCCUGGUCACAGGUAGUUCUCCGAGCCAGCAGGGGGAGCUCCGGCCCCUACCUCCUUUUGCUCUCAUAGUGGAGAGAGAAUGAGGCAAGGGCUGUUGUGUAUAAAUCUGAAUCCCUUAGGAGGAGAUGGGGUAUGGCAAACUUUUAUUCCCACGGAUUUUAACUGAAGCAGACGUUAAUGUCAGUCUUAUCUCUACCAUCUCCCACCCAGUUUCUUUUUUUGUUUUGUUUUGUUUAGUUUUUCCUUUUCCUCCCUCUGUUUCUGGGCACAGGUAACAUUCUGUACUUUUUUUUCUUUUUUUUUUUUCAAAACCCCUGAGUGAUCAUGUAAGUUUUACCUAAAGACAGAAAAAAAGCUUUUUUUUAAUAUAAAUAACUAAAUGGCAAUAUCUUUGAAACACAUGCAGGGAGUCCAGAUCAAGCGAGUUAUCAUGACGCGCAUAAUUUUGAUCAUGCUACUAUAAGGCCAGUUUAGAGCAAGCAGCUGAAUUUGACAAAAAAAAAAAAAGAAUUUCACCAGCUUAGGUCAGAUAGUCCGAUCUCCAGGAGCAACCCUUUAAUCAAGGGAUUUUAAUGUGUAAAGAGAGCUGGCCGAACUCUCACAUUUGCACUCAGUGGUGCUGAGGCCUCUCCAUGGAUGCUCUAGCUGUACACCAGAGACUGCUUUGCACAGCCCACCAUCACCGGGUCUACCAGGCCUUGUCUGUCUUAUAAUUAAGUCCAUUGGAUGCCAGAGCAAUUGUACCUUUUUUAUUCAUGCUUUUAAGAAAGCAACAUUUCAAGAGCCAAAAUGGCCGACUUAUGAAGUUGUCUAGCUUCAUGUGCCAUAGAGCCCUACUUGAACUGAGGUGCUCACUGUUCUGGUGCGUACAGCUGAGAAAGGAUUUCAGUGAAGAGAAAUUAUCUGGAAUGGCCUUCGCACCUGGGGAAGUUUGGCAGGAAAUCAUGUUAAGAUGCUGAGAAUGUUAGAACAGGCAAAGACAAGCACAGCCCUCUCAUAGACCGAUAAAUUAAACCCUCAAUGUGACCUGUAGACGCCUCGCCCAGCCAAGACUCCAGUUCACUCCUGAUUUUUAUUUAUUUACUUUUUUUCUUCUGUACAUGAUUGUAUACAAGCAACAAAAUUCCUGAUCUACUGCUUAUUUUUUUUCUUUUUUUUUUUUGUACGUACACUUUUAGAUUUGGAUGAAAAAUGAUUGUAUUGUAAAUUAAAGUUAAGUUUCUAUUCGUUUUAGAUGUUUAUCCUAAUGAACAUUCAAAAGACCAGCGUGUGUAAAAUAAUUUUUUUUCAGGUUUCUGCUGUGUAAAGUUGCACUUGUCCAGGUUCCAAUUUUUACCCAGUGCACCAGUUUUUUUUAAUGUUUUUAUUAUUGUUAUUAUUUUGGAUGUUUAAUUCCACUGAGGCAGAUACCUGGUGAUGCGGUCCUGUUACCCGCUUCGAUAUUCAAGAACAUGUAUCAUUGUGCCUCACUGAUUCGUUUCUCUUAAGCGCACUGCCAGUGCUAUCAGUGAACACCUGAACAGCCUCAAUCUCUCUACAUCUUCACCAUCCUUAUACAAUAUCCUCAUUUCUGUUUGUUGGAUUUUUUUUGUAUUCGCUAGUGAACAUCCUAUUCUUCUGAUCUUUUUGGGUGUCUACAAAGUCGAGUAAAGUGAGUGUUUCUGCUGUGCGAUCCGUGCUCGUGAUUUGGAGAAAUCUUAUCGUUCUCCAGUAGUUUCUUUUUUUAAUUUUUUUUCCCCCCAUUUGAAUUCUCUAUUUACUGCCACUUUUCCUCUCGACUCAGGCAAUUCACUUUUAACCGUAUAUUUUGCUUGUGUAUUUCUCUUUGUUUGGAUAUCGUUCUGUAUUUCACUUCCUGCUAGAUCACGGUUAUCUCCUUGUGUCGUGCCAUCCAAUGCAUUCUGCCACAAGGCCAAGUGUAAAGCUCGAUUUACUACUGUAAAGCCUGCUCUCUGACCUAAUGAAAACAUACAUGGCUUCUCUAAAUGCAAGGCUAGAGUACCGUUACUGUAGCGUGGUAACUUCGUCUACGGUGGCACCGUCGUUUAUUGCCGUGUACUCUCAAAGCCAGUUUGUUUUCUGUUUCCCCCUCCCUAAUUAAUUUGUCAUGUUUUUCAAAUCAAAUGGAUUGACAAGCACUUAUUGUAGAUCACUGGUGCAGCUACUCAUUGCUUUUUCUUUUUUUAUGAAAACACUUUUGCUAUGAGGCAGAAGUCAAUUUUAAUGACUUUUAUCAAGCAAGAGUAAAUAGAUGAACUAGGGAGGACCAUCUUAUUGUUCCCCUUUUGGUGUCCCUUUUUAUUCCUUACAUUAUCUUUGUCAGUUUUGUUUUUCUUCUGGUUAUUUUUAAUUGAAAGCAACUUGUCUGUUUUUUUUGGAUUGCUGACUGUGUUGUAGUAAAAAGAUUUUUGUAAAGUGUGAAUAAAUAAUGUAUCACGUUUCCUUUCUUUGACAUGAAUUGUGUUAAAGUAUUAUCUAAUAGUUUGUCAUUUUCAUUUUGCUUUUGUUUUGUAAUACACACAACCAAAUUUUUUGUAAAAAUGUUGGCACACUGAAUUAUAGAUUUAUAUUGUUGCUAACCUUCACUUCAAGAUACUUUUUGAGAAGGAAAAAAAAUUAGUCAAAGAAAUCGUAGAGAGUCACAAAGAAAUAAAGUGCUGUAAUUUUGUCACCAAACCAUUUCAACUUUGACCCUGAGCUUUGUGACAUUUCACCUUGUUUGAGAGCCAGUUAGUUUGAAGCAUACAAAUACGUUUGGGUUGUGGUAAGCGUAGCAGACACUUUUAUUUCUCUCCUGUUUUUCCUGCUUUCUAAGGUGUUUUCUUGCUAUUGAUUUCCAGAAGAAAGUAAGGUUAAGGGUAGAUGAGAUGGAGAAAUCUUUUUAUAUUAGCAAGUGUUCUUGUUCUCCUUCCUUGUGUUCUGUGCACUAUAGUGUCACCGACCUCUGAAAAAGUCACUUAAAAUAAAUUGUGCAUGCUUAGAUAGUUGCCAUCGCCAUAUCGUUGUUUAGAGGAGUUUUUGUUUCCUUUGGGUCAAAGGCAAUGGUUUCAGGUGGUUUCUUGUGCACGACAAGCAAAAACAGAAUAAUGCUAAUAAUGUCAACAUGCUCAACUAGGCAAUAAUGACUCGGCCAUUUUCCCCUUUUCAGAUCCAUUUGAGCAGAUGUUUCUGGCUUUACCAUAGAAAUUCUUUUCAUUUCCUUUUCCUGUUUCAUAGUCAACUUUUCUCUGUCAGUAGGGGUAGUAUUUCAAUGGUCAGGUCAGGAUUGUGGUUGAAUCAGCUGAGAGUCAAUAAGUAUUGAGGUAAUGUCACUAUAUAAUGCACUGGACCACCUCUUGUUUACCAUUUAUGGAAUCCCAGCAUAAGACUUGCACAAUGU